UCACACAUUUUCGCUGCUUAGUACUUUUUGGUUUGUAUGUUAAUCUACCUACGCGAAACCCCUUUUUAAGGAAUAACAAACACUGAGUCAACCCUCUAAUUUAACUCGGAAAAUGUGACGUGGACGGAGAAAGCGAGAUGUGUUGAAGAGUUACCGUAACUAAUGUCUCCCAGUUGCGUUAGAGGCUAUUCCGGGUCUGUGUUUACAUAUUGAUGACGGCUAAGCUAUCGCUAAACGCAGAAGCUGAUAAGAGCUAAAAUAGGUUCCACGUUGGCUAGUUAGCAUUAGCGUUAGCCGUCGUCGCUGGUACAGUGGCACAUAUUAAGAGCUUCACUCUUCUAGGUACUGCAUGAAGGCGCUAUAUUACUGCUGCGAUGACGAAUGCAGAUGAUUUACAAUUCAAAGAGUUUGAUGAGGCAGACUUGUUGUCGAUCGAUCCAGGGGUCUCCAACCUUGGCGGUGCCUCACCUUCUGUGGGUGGAGGAGGAGGUAAAACUGGUGAUGAUGUCAAACUAGACCUAACAGAGGAUGAGGAGGGUGCUGAAGAGAGUUCAGAGCUCUUAUUAGGACAGAAACAAACUGGUGGCUUCUGGACCUUUGACUAUUAUCAGUCCUUCUUCAAUGUGGAUACAGUACAGGUAUUGGACAGAGUGAAGGGGUCAGUGAUGCCAUUACCUGGAAGGAACUUUAUCAGACACAACCUCAGGAAUAACCCUGAUCUAUAUGGUCCAUUUUGGAUUUGUGUUACACUUGUGUUUUCAGUAGCAAUCAGUGGGAACCUUUCAACUUUCUUCAGCCACCUGGGAAACACUGCCUACCACUACAGACCGCAGUUCCACAAAGUAACGAUAGCCGCAGUAGUGAUAUUCAUGUAUGCCUGGCUGGUGCCUCUUGGAAUAUGGGGUUUCUUGACCUGGCGGCGAGGAGCUGAGAGACAAAUUGGAGGCUAUUCCUUCUUGGAGACAGUGUGUGUCUAUGGCUACUCCCUCUUCAUCUACAUUCCCACCUCGGUAUUGUGGAUUAUACCAUCUGAGCAUCUGCAUUGGAUCUUGAUAGUGGUUGCCAUGGUGAUCUCCAGCUCAGUGCUGGUCAUUACCUUUUGGCCUGUUGUGCGUGACGAUACCAAGUUGACAGCAGCUGCUACUGUAGCGACCAUCGUGGUUUUGCAGGCGCUCCUGGCUAUUGGCUGCAAGCUGUAUUUCAUCCAGACCGCAGUCCCCCCCAUGAAGACAGUGGUACCUACUACGCUUCCCAUUCACACAACAAUGACUUAACAAGACCCACUGACCAGUGAGGAAUAGAUGGAAAAAUAGAUAGACGGAUUAAUCUGUUUUGCCCGAUUUGGACUUAAAUGCAGAUUUAGUAAAGACUGGCUAGAUGGGUGGUCACUUGUAUAAAUCAUUUUGGGGUAGAUCUGCUGAGAGCCAGACAGCACUUGCACACUGAAACGAACUUAAGAUUUCCAUCAUGAACAGUUGGCGGUACACUCGGUUGCUUAGCAUGGCUUUCUUAUCACUGUCAUUCAAAACUAACGUGAAAUUAUAGAUGGCAAAAGAUACAUUUUCAUGGGCAGGUAUCUUGAUUCCUCAUUUCUGCAGAGUAUUUCUAGAGGAAAACUGGGCUAGAGAAAAGUGCUGGAAAGGUCAUCAGGAACUUGUGAACAGAUUAUCUUUACCUGUUGAUAAUGCAACAAUACACUGUUGAGACUUUACAUUCCAUCCUUCAUCUCUACGGCACGAUAGAGAUAAAAUAUUUUCAAAAGUAUACAGAGACAGAUUUGGGGAGAGUUGAAUUUUACCUGCACUUCUAAAAACCGGGUGAACAUUUCCAUUUAGGUAUGAAGGACUAGUCUAAUGUCUGUGGAAAGAAUCAUGAUGCAAAAGUGACACGAGUCGGCUUUCAUCCUUCACAUGGGGACUCAAUAAGCAGUUUUCUUCAGCGUAGAUUAUGAGCAUUCCAGUCAAAUGACAAAUGCAGCAACUGAAGGAAAUGCUGGAAUAUAGUGUAGUAUUAAAUCAGCGUCUAAGAUGAAAGACUAAAACUAGUUUUGUGGAAACCUGCCCCAUUUCUUGUAUCUGGAAGACAGAGCUGAGCCUUUUCUAACCUUAACUUUGAAAGGACUUCUAGUUGAUUAGCAUUAUGGGUUGUAAAUUGAAGGAAAAAUGUCAGUAAAUGUAUUUAUUCCUUGCUAUGCAUAUUUAUUCACACAUUGCCCAUUUAAUUUUUGUCUGUUUUUGUGAAUAAACUACUGCUGGU